AUUGGAAACCAUGGCCACAUCAGGAAGCGGAGGCUGGGCUCAGCUACGCCAGCAGGCACGAUCGCUAGAAAAUCAGACGGAGAGUCUGUUUCAUACCUUUUCUCAGUUUUCGACGGGAUCCAAUAUCCCACCCAAGCCAUCGGCGGAGGAGCGUGACAUAGAAGCCAGGCUGGAGGAGGUACUAGAUAAGCGCGACAAUGUCAUCACCCAGCUCGCACGACUCCUGGAUUCGGAAGCAUCGCUCAACACGUCCGCCCUCAAGCAAAACAACCUAUCCCUGCUCAGAGAAAAGCUAUCUUCUCACCGGCGCGACUUGACUCGCCUCAAGUCUACACUGCAGCAAGCUCGCAACCGCGCCAAUCUCCUCAGCAACGUUCAGUCCGACAUUGACGAAUACCGCGCGAACAACCCGGAAGCUGCUGAGGCCGACUACAUGCUGGAUGAGCGCAAUCGCAUCGACAGAAGCAACGAUGUGACAGAUAGCGUCCUCAGCCAGGCGUAUGCCAUUAACGAAAGCUUCAUUGUGCAGAGAGAGACGCUGGCGAGCAUCAACCGAAGGAUAACAAUGGCCGCGAGCAAAGUGCCGGGCAUCAACUCAAUAAUUGGACGCAUAACAACCAGGAAGAGGAGAGAUGGAUUCAUCAUGGGAACUUUUAUCGCGCUGUGUUUUAUCGUCUUCUUUUGGUUCAGGUAAUGGGGCCAUCAUACAUCCACCGGUGCUGCACAUGUCAUUUGGCGUUUAAGGGGGGUAUCAGCGGUUCUUGUCUACUUGUACAAUAUGGCAGGAUCCAUAACACAUCUAAUUUCUCUGUG